AUGCAAGCUUCACUACAUUACCACACCCCACCGCUAACACACACACACAGUACUGCUAGCUCCUUUGUCUUUGAGGAAGUUGAAGAAUACUAUACAUGGGCUUGGGAAAGAUGACGGAUUUCACUGUGAUGCUCAUUGUUACCACCACAUUAGUCCUUAUUUUUUCUCCAUCAGCAUAUUCCCAAUCUGAUAACCUAGGCGACAUACUCGGUGCGCCGGCCUCCUCCUACAGCUCCUUCUACAGCCUGCUCGAGAGCUCCACCGGCACCAGCCGGAUCCUGCAAGACCAAGCCGACACUCAGCAAGGACUAACCCUGUUUGUCCCGAACAACAACGCCAUCGCCACGGACCCCGUCCCUUGGGGAACUCUCUCCGUAGCCCAGAUCCAGUCACUUAUCCUCUUCCAUGCCGUCCCGCAGUACUACGGCAUAUCAGCCUUGAACACCCUGAGCCAACUCAGCCCUGUCGUCACAAUGGCCGGAGGACAGUACACCUUGAAUUUCACGGUUGUGUCGCAAGCCCUUUACCUGAACUCCGGUUGGACCAGCGCCAAAGUAGUCGACGUGGUGAAGCUAAAUACUUCUACUCUCCAGAUUUACCAGAUUGACGCGGUGCUCAAGCCUGAGGCUAUUUUUGGUACUAAUAUCCCCCCUCCUCCCUCUACUGCUACUGCAACUCCGUCAUCUUCGGCUCCUCCUCCUCCAACUACUGCUACACCUGCGACUCCGACAAGUUCAACGCCAUCGGCUCCUCCUCCACCUCCGACAAGUUCAACGCCUACGACAACUAUAACUAUUGCACAUUCAGUGGCUUCUCUUCUGAUUGUCGGUUUGGGUGGUUGGAGUGGGAUUGUUUUAGGAGUUUGAGGUGGGAUACUAUUGUUGUUGUAGGAGAGUAUGAUGAGGAUCGGGUCGCUACGCCAUAUCUUGAGUCGUUGGACCGUCGCAAGGGUUUGGCGGAACGCGGUCCGUUUUGUUUGUAGCAUCAAAUAACGAAAUCAUUUCUUCAGGAAGGAUAUGUUUUCUUUUCUAGAAGAUUCUGAUUUUUAGGGUGCCAUCUGUUUUGGCACGUUUCCUUUGUUCUCUAGCAAUGUCAAAUCUGAGAAUAUAUAUCUCAUACUACAUGUGUUGUUUAUUGGCUUAA